UUGAGAGUUUGGUACUUAUCCACCCGAUUGAGAUUGGAGAGCUCUGAAGGCAUGUGAAGAUCUUGCUAGGGCCACCGUUUAGGACUUGCCCAUUCUCCGCGUGUUUCAUAAGCCAUCUUCUUCUUCAUCUCUUCAUACCAUUGCCAUUCAACCCCAACCCUAAAUUCUCCAGAUAUGAACUCUGCACGUUUCCUACAUCUCUCACAUUGUGAAUUCGGAGAACAAUCCCGCACCGGCGGAGUUUAAUUUUCGCCUGCUUGAUUUCCUCAGACUCACCGAUCGUUUACUGCGGAAGAAGCUUUGUCUUGGUUACUCUGGAUCUGAAGAAGAUGAGCUCGGUCGCUUUCCCUUCGAUCUUCCAUUUAUAGAUAGAUACACACCCGGUAUAGUGCCCUCGCCGGUAGAUACAAGCAUAUACCUAUAUAUUGCUUGUUUAGUUUAGUGUUUUUGAUGGCUACACAAUCUGGGAAUGCGGUGAGUUCUUUGCCGGAGAAAGCUGGCGGCGCCGGGGGAAUGGUGAUGCACCACCAGCAUCACAUGGGGCAACAGCAGUGGUACCACCCUCCCCACCACCAUCAGAUGGACGAGAGGGAUGCAUUCAUGUCGUGGCUGAGGGGGGAGUUUGCUGCCUCAAAUGCUAUAAUCGAUGCGAUGUGUCAUCACCUGAGGAUGCUGGGAGAGCCCGGGGAGUAUGAGGGGGUGAUUGGGUGCAUACAGCAGAGGAGGUGCAACUGGAACUCCGUGCUGUAUAUGCAGCAGUACUUCUCGGUGGUGGAGGUGGUGUACGAAUUGCAACAGGUGGAAUAUAGGAAGCAUAGGAGAGGCUUCGAUGGAGGUGGCUUCAAGGGCAGGAGGACAGGAGGUGGUGGAAGAUUCUUCACGAGAAAUGAGGGGUUUCGAGAUGGGAGAGAAAGCGAUAGUCAUAACUAUACUUCUGAUAACAAGGAUUCAAAUGUCACUGGCAGUGAGAAGUUGGAUUCGGCCGACAAAGAAGCAGGAACGAAACAAGCUGACAAGAAAGGAACAGAAUAUCCCGAAAGGCCUGAAUCAAACAGUUUAACUAAGAGUCUGGAGAGUAGUCAAUCUGGCGACUUGCAAAGUGAGGCUAAUAAAGAAAACAGAUGUGAUGCAAAUUCUGAUGGGUCUUGUGGUAUGGAGAAUGAAUGUAAUUCCACGCAAGUACCAAAUGGGAAGCAGAACCUCACAAUCACUCCAAAAACUUUUGUUGGUAAAGAGUUAUGUGAUGGGAAAAUGGUUAAUGUAGUUGAUGGAUUGAAAUUGUACGAAAAAUUGCUUAGUGAUUCGGAAGUUUCAAAACUUGUUACUUUGGUAAGUGAAUUGAGAGCUGCUGGGAAAAGUGGACAGCUUCAAGGGCAAACAUUUAUUGUCUCAAAAAGACCUAUGAAGGGCCAUGGGAGGGAGAUAAUUCAGUUGGGUGCUGCUCAUGGUGCAGAUGUAACUGAAAGUGAAGCUCCUGCUGGAAUAUCCAAAGACAGGAAAAUAGAGCCCAUCCCUGUGCUACUGCAAGAUAUCAUUGAUUCUUUGACUUCUAAGCAUGUGUUCUCUGUGAAGCCUGAUUCGUGCAUGAUUGAUAUCUUCAAUGAGGGAGACCACUCACAGCCAAAUGUGUGGCCUCAUAUGGUUGGACGCCCUGUAUGUGUGUUGUUUUUGACAGAAUGUGAAAUCACAUAUGGAAAAGUGAUUGAGACGGACCACCGUGGGGAUUAUCAGGGUUGUCUCCGCCUUACUCUUGCACCGGGGUCAUUGCUAAUCAUGCAAGGGUUGUCAGCUGAUCUUGCUAAACACGCGCUUCCAUCCAUCCGGAAACUGCGAAUCCUGGUCACCUUAACCAAGUCUCAGCUUGAGAAAACCGUAUCCGGAAAUGGUCCACGCGGCCCCACAUUUGCAGGACCACCAGCCGCUCAUCGGGUUUCAUGUCCUCCCCCUAGCAAGUCGCCAAAUCACAGCUUCCGCCCUUCGGCCCCAAGGCAUUAUAAUAGCCCGGCGCCAGCUUCCAAUGUCAUACCACCACCGCCGGCCCCAGUUGCUUGCCCACCACUACCUCCCAACGGAAUCCAGCCGAUUUUCGUUUCUACCCCUCUCCCAUCACCUCCGAUGCCUUUUCCUGCCCCACCGGCUCCUGUUGGAUGGGUGGCAACCCCCCACCCAAGGAAUCCACCGCCGCCGCGCGUGCUGGUACCCGGGACGGGAGUAUUUUUCCCUCCAGGCUCAGGGAAUCCGCCAAACCAUUUGCUAGUCCCAACACCUUCACCCACCAAUGGUCCUUCCAAGGAGGAUGUGGCCCCACCUCCCGGAAACAACAACGGUGGGCUCGGGAUGUCGAGUGGCGGGGACAUUUCUACCCCUGUAAGUGAAGUAGGGGACGGGGAGGGCCAAAAAAAGGUAGAGGUACUCAAUGGAAACGCUGAGAGUAGUGAAGGUGUGACCAAUGAAAGGUUGCUGAGUUAAGUAGAGAAGAAAGGAUAUGUGUUUUUGGUUUAUUUUAUUUAUAUUUUAAGAAAAAUUUUGGUGACUUGGUGCUGCCAACAACUGUAUUAGAUUUUGACGUUGAAAGUUUGGGAUCAAAAAUUCAGUUACAGAACUGGCAAUUCUGAUUUUGAACAGCUGAUUUUAUUUUAUAUGGUAACUCCUAGGAGGUCAAACCCAAAUCUUUGACCAGAAUUUGUGCUUUUUUAGCCCAUUAAGGAACAUUAAUCAAAAAGCUUCAUUGAU